AUGAUGAGAGGUGGUAGACCUUUUAAAAUUUUCAAUUACAUGGUUGAUCAUGAUCAUUUUCUGCAAGUUGUGCAAAAAGGGUGGUCAGAUUCUCACAUAGGUUCAGCAAUGAUGAAAGUCUGGCAGAAAUUAAAGGUUGUAAAGAAAGAAUUGAAAACUCUUCAUAGCAAGGAGUUUGCUCAUUUAGAUGAUAAAAUUGAGUGUUGCAGAAGAGAUUUGGAUGAGAUUCAAUCUACUCUUGUCUCUUCUCCAACUGAUAGUGAUGUACAGGAAGCUGAGAGAGGAUGUUUAUCCAAAUUGAAAUUGUUUCUGAAAGUGCAAAAGAGUGCCUUCAAACAGAAAUCAAGAGUUAAGUGGCUACAACUAGGUGACUCUAACUCAAAAAAUUUCUUCAGUGCUAUGAAGGAAAGGCAUGGUAAGCAACUGAGUUCUUAUGAUGCUGAGUCACUUAUUGUUCCAGUAACUGAUCAGGAGAUUAAUGCUGCACUUAAGGGCAUCAAUGUGAAUAAAUCCCCUGGCUUAGAUGGUUUUAAUAGUUUGUUCUUCAAUAAAUCUUGGAGCAUUGUGAAAACUGAUGUGUACACUUCAGUUAAGGAAUUCUUUAAUACUGGAGUUUUGUUGAGACAAGUGAAUAACGUUGUUAUCACUUCGAUUCCUAAAGUCCAAGAUGCCUCCAAUGGUGUGAUUGGGAAGAUUGUUCACUAUGCUCAAGCUGGGUUUAUUCCAGGAAGGAACAUUGCAGAUAAUAUUCUUCUGGCCUCUGAAUUGAUUAAAUGUUAUUCCAGAAAGAACAUAUCUCCAAGAUGUAUGAUUAAGGUGGAUUUGAAGAAAUUUUAUGAUUAUGUGGAAUGGCCAUUUCUACAGAAUAUUGUAGACACCUAA